CAGAUGGACGGCGCACUAUCACCUGUUCUGACGACGCUUCGUUGCGAGUAUGGGACUUGGAGAGUGGCAAGCAGCAAGGCAGAAAUUGGGAGGACAAAGGCAGUGGAACAAUGUGGGCCAUAGCGUUGUCGCCGGGCGGCAAGGAAGUGGCAAGUGGGAGUGAUGAUGGAAUAGUGAGAUUAUGGGACAUUGAGACAGGUAAAGUCACUGCAAGAUGGACAGGCCACACUUCGGAGGUGUCGUCUAUCUCUUGGAGUCCGGACGGAGGUCGACUGGUGAGCGGAUCAAACGAUGGAACAGCAAGAUUGUGGAAUGUCGACAGCGGCGAGACCAUCCUUGAACCAAUCAAGACUGGGCAUAUAUACCGUCAACGAGGGCUCGGUGAAACUCUGGGAUGUCAAGACAGGCGAACUACUCAAAAAACUCAAGGCAGACAUGCCAGUGCUUAACGAAGUUUUAUGUUUGGCUUGGUCUUCGGAUGUCAACACAAUUAUCUCCGGGUCACUUAAUUUUGAAGGCCACUCCCUUAGAAAAUUCGACACCGCCACUGGGACACAAACUGCUGUGCUCGAAGGACAUCAACAUCUUGUUAAAGCCCUUUCAUUAUCUCCCAAUAACCGUAUCCUUCCUAUUGGACCACCCCUCCUCCAUGAAGGCGCGGUGAGAUCUGCGGUCUUUUCUCCUGAUGGCAAACUGCUAGCUACUGUCUGUGAUGAUCACAUAUACACAUGGGAUGCCGCUGCUAUCGUCAAGGAAGCUGGCUUUGGUAAACUUCUGACUACCUCCGCCCCAAAGGUUGGCGGCAUGUCAAUUUUAGAGGCGGAUGCCACACCACGUCGAAAUCAGAAGUUCUCGGAUGCGCAUCGAUUGCCGCCAGGUUUUUUCAAUGAUGUACACGUUGGCUCUUCUGCAACGCGUCGUCCCCCUCCCCGUCAUGGUCGUGGCAGCCGUACAACACCCUCAUCAUCAGGUACCAUCCUUGGUCGGCUUUCCUCGCUCUUCCCACGUUUUGACCACACUACGCCUCGUGUCGUUGAGGUGCCCACCGUCCAGGAUAGAAAGGCCUUGUAUGUCUCCCCACCGCGCCAGAAAAAAAAACUUUUGCAAGGUACCCACACUCAAGGCCAACAGCAACAACAAGGUCAAUCCCAUGGCCAGGCAUCAUCGUCUCGUCCUCCCGUGACCUCUGCUACCACAGCAUCCACGACAUCUGCAGCUGUUGGUGCAACUCCUGCGUCUGCAACUGCAACACCGUCGCGUCCUGCUGUCAACAGUCUCAUCGGCCUAUGGACUCGCAUAGUGCUCUGUAUCUGCUGUGUCUCUGUUGACAACACGAAUGGCCAUAAUUGAUGAAGCAGCGUAUCAUCACUUGCAUUACUUCUCGUUAUGUGCUGACGUUCUUGUCUAUUUUACUACUAUUUUUCCCCUACCAACACUACUAUGCAGUACUUCAUGGUCAGAUUCUCUAGGUGCAGUCUCCCUGUGAAUGAUCAGCAGUGAUGAUAUACAAUGAUCGACUAUUACUGUACUUAUGAGUACGGGG